AUGCUACCCAUCAACAAUUCAAGUACAAAUUUGCCAUGUAAUGCCCGUGAUUUGGGCAUACCAGGACGGUCGACAGUUUGCGUGUGCAAUGCAACCUACUGUGACACAGUCACUCGAAAUGCCCCUGAACCCGGUACUUACGUCACAUAUACAACCACCCGAUCCGGUAAACGUUUUGAGAAGAGUGGCGGCGUUAUAGAAUCGGAUCCAGAUACGAAAGAAGACAGCAAAAAGCGAAUGAAUGAAAAGGAUGAUGUAUCAGAAAAUAUCCACCCGAAAAAUUUGAACGAAGCUUCAUACAGACUGUUCCCAAGCAUCCAAUUUCAAACUAUUGAAGGCUUCGGAGGAUCUGUUACCGAUGCCGCUGGUGUGAAUUGGCGCAAACUCUCCUUCAAUACGCAGAACCAUUUCAUUGAUUCUUAUUUCGGGCCAAAGGGGCUGGAGUACAACUUGAUCCGUGUGCCAAUAGGCGGUGCUGAUUUCUCAACCCAUCCGUACACCUACAACGAGUAUCCCUGGAACGAUGCUGCCCUCUCUAAUUUCUCACUGACCAUCGAGGAUUACUUUUACAAGUUGCCAUUAAUUAAAAGGGCUUUAGCAGUAGCCACAUCGGAAAUAAAGAUAACCGCUAGCACAUGGUCACCCCCGGUUUGGAUGAAAACAAAUGGAGCUAUUACGGGCUUUGCGCAACUCAAACCAGAGUACUAUCAGAGUUUCGCGGAUUAUCAUAUACGGUUUAUAGAGGAAUACGAAAAAGCAAACGUGAAGAUUUGGGCCCUCACCACAACAAAUGAACCAGUUAACGGAAUCGUUCCAUUUGUGGACUUCAAUUCAUUAGGAUGGUGGCCUUGGGACUUGGGACACUGGGUAGCGAAUAAUCUUGGACCUACAGUAAGGAACUCCCGUUAUAAUAAAACUCUCAUAUUUGCCGUGGACGACCAAAGAUACCUCAUUGAUGUUUAUCUUCAAGGGAUGAUAAGGGCAGCACCCAAAUCGUUUGAGUACAUUGAUGGAAUUGCGAUACAUUACUAUGGAAAUUUCAUACCAGCCUCUAUUCUUACUAGUAUUCAAGAAAGAUAUCCGGGCAAAAUACUUCUAUCUACCGAGGCCUGUGAAGGUCCUAUGCCGUGGGAUGUUAUGAGAGUUAAAAUAGGAUCUUGGGAAAGAGCAGAAAGAUACACCAGGCACAUAUUAGACGAUUUGAACAAUUUUGUAGUCGGUUGGAUAGAUUGGAACCUAUGUCUGGACGACGAGGGCGGACCAAAUUGGGCCCACAACUACGUGGACGCUCCGAUCUUGGUGUAUGGAGACAAGGAUGAAUUCAUUAAGCAACCAAUGUUCUAUGCGAUGGGACACUUUUCAAAGUUUAUGCCAAGAGGUUCUAAACGCAUACGAGUUCUGAGACGUAGUUUACGACAUGUUGAUAACCUUGCUGUGUUGACUCCAGAAGGCAAUAUUGUUGUUUUACUUCACAAUAGACAUGAUCGCGAAAUGAAUGUCAGAUUAUCAGUAACAUUAACAGAUCACAUAAAUCUGACUGUGGAACCAGAAUCAAUAACAACAGUUGAAAUCAACCCUCAAUCCCUUAAUCUCAACACACAAUAAUAAAUA